AUGGGAUUUCCCAGGCGAAGCCGUUGUCAUUCAUAUACCGUGUUUACCCAGCCCUCGUUCAGGGAGUCGCUGUCCAACUUCUUAGAGUGUGCAAGCACCGAAUCAAUAAAGAGGUUUGCUGCCUCUGUUAUGAAAGGUGGCGCAGUUGCAUUCGAGAAUCGUGAUACCACAGAUCCAGCUUUAAUCACACAGAUGCUCAUGACUCUGCUAGAAGCAAAUGGGUCUCGAAUAUUCCCUCCACUAUUAAGGAAACGUGUGCGUGAUGAAGUUUCCUGGGCUCCUGGAGGUGGCAAGCCAUGGAGGAGACUGCCGUUUUGGUUAGUCCUCCGAGUGGGAAUUGAGCGACAUCUACACUUGCAAUUUGGUGCUAUAAAAGGAAGAGCGUACUAUAAGUUCCUUCUUUGCCUCAUGUUCUCGGCCAUCCUAGGUUCUGGAACUGAUUCAUUCUCACCUGACCAAAUUUCACAUCUUACUUCCAAACUAGCAAGACGUUUGGCCAAGUUGGAGGUCCAUCGUGAGAAAGCGCUCCAUAACGACAAGAUGACAUACAAUCGAUUGUUUGACAAAUUCGAGCAUGUCUUCCAAAACUCUAUUAGUGAUGCCAGGAACCACAUUGCUAAUACCUGGAGCAAAUAUAAAAAAAGUAUUCGACGCAGGAUCCCACGUCUUCCACUUUAUGCGGAUGAGCAGUCUCAAUAUCUUUCUCUAACAAAUAGUGAAAAAGAGAUAGAGAAGGUAUUGUUACAAUACAGGGCAGAUGGGGCAUCGCGUUCAAAGAAUACACCAUCGAAAGACUUCAGUCCUAAACGUUCGAACGCUUUCAAAACGUUUGCCAAUUCUUAUAACGCACUUUCGAGGCUAGAGAUAGUACGCGACGAAGCCUUACAGUCUUUGGGGUCCUCUACAGAAGAAACAUGUAUGGAGAUUGCGGCAAUGAUUCAAAAAUAUUAUAAGCUGGCCGCCCCUGCAUAUGACGGUGAUCCAGAACAGAAAAGCAUCAUGGUCCUAAAUAUGAUGGUUCAUUGGAUGGAACUUGACAUGUGUGCCACCAAGCUUUACCCUUUGCUGCUUGAAUAUCACCCUGGGAUUUCAUCGGACUUGCUUGAUGUGCUGCAGUUAUCAAGUCUCCAAGAUUUAAUUCGUCUAAAUACAGUUCAGGAGUACAUAGAUACCCGAUGCACGCGGUGCCUGUCUCGAAUGACUAUUUUCGAAGAUCCAACCGAAGGAUGUUUUGCGGAAAAAUAUUUUGAUUUGUCAGAAGAUACCUUUAAGCUUCAAACUCUUCAUUCAAAGAUUGUAUCUCAAGCACGCAAGGACUAUGAUAGGAAGGUGGUCGAGUGGCAAGAAAAGAGUGAGGAACAUGAGGCUCUACAGAGAAUGGUAACCCUUUCUUCCUGCACGUAUGUUUCCAACCGGUUCGGGGGAGUUGACCACGAUGAAAAUUGUGAGAAGUGCGACAACCAACGUCGUGCAAACCGCAUGACUAUCAAAAUCCACGAGCAUCCACUUCCAGACAAUCCCGUCCAUGCUAAAGUAGUGGUGUUUGAGCUACAAUGCCCGGAAGCGUUCAAGUCCUACCGUAACACAACCUGGCUCAUAUUCGGUAUUGUGGCUUGCCCUCACGAACAACCUCCAGCCUACCCGAAGUUACUGGUAUCGGAAUAUAAGGAGCUCAGCAAAUUUUUUACUGGAAGCUCAGGCGGAAUCGUUCUUGCAUCAACAACAAAGUCGUUGCUUUUUACCCAUUACAGGGGAGUUCACUUCCCAGUAAGGCUGGAUGACAUAUGUUUCGACAAUAAUCUGAGGGUUAAAUAUUAUGAUACCGUCAAUAAUAUCUUCCCAAACCGGCAAAGUCGUUUUUUAAGCUUUUCUCACCAUCUUCAGAUGCCCACCCUUACGAACUCUCCAUUUUCGUCCAUCACACCUCAAGGCAGCUUGUCUGGCACUUCAUCUUAUGAGAUCAUAGCAAGUCAGCCAUCUUGCCCUGCGGGGUUAAAUACUCAUGAAUUUCUGGCAUACAAGUCUCUGUUCUCUGGUGUGGUCAGACGUUGGCCUACAAUCCUUAUUGAACUUGGAUCUUCAAACCUAAACUUUAGCACCAAGGGCCCUUCUACAUUCAUUUGCCAACUUUCAAUACAGGCAGGACCAAGAGAUAAGAAAGAUAUAUUUCGGGUGGUCCACAAGAUCUUUCGAGAUGAGGUUUUCUGUAUCCGACUAAUCAAACUACUCGAAGAAAGACUGAUUGGGGUCGCAUCGAACUGGCGUGAGACCGAUUGCAUGGAGAUGCUAAUUACGUUGAUACUCCGGCUAUGCGUCUUGUGUCCACUUAUAGUCCUUGAAAGGACUGUCAUCCUACUGAAAAUGGUCCAAGAUACCCUUUUAAAAUGGACCCGGCUGCUGCGUAAGGAAAUUUGUGCUGCUCAAGAGCCAAGCGUUAUUGGAAACUAUUCUGAUUUUGCUUUCACUGUCGCGCUGUUACUCAGGAGAACAUUUGUGGUUUACCCCGAGAAUGUUCCCGGAUAUACGGGAAACAUGACUGAAAGCGAUAUACGGUGCUUUAUAGAGGCUUCGAUCUCACUACAAGAUCAUGCUCCCCCUGACCUGAAAUCACUUUCGCAUUUUCAAUGGCGUGCACUUGUUCGAGACUUGAAAAUGGUGUACAGAAUGCGUUCUUUACUGCUAAAAUCCUUGAAAAACCACCCGGGAAGUCUGGGUGCUGUAAUAACAGAGAUUUGGGCCCAAAGCACUCUCUCGGUAGGGCAAGUGUCUGAUAUUCAGCUUCUAGAUGGUGACGAAUGGGCUCAGCUUGUGAUAAACCCUACAAAUCAAACAAAAAGUCAGGUUGUACAUUUCCAUUACCUUGAAGGACAUUUACUUGUCGACGGCAAACCCUUAGCAACGCUCCCUGCAAAUUAUAGAAACGCCGUGGUCCUAGAUCGACUAUUUGGAAAGCAGAGACUUCAAGUCUAUCCUUCAUCACUCCAUGGAAUGUCCUAUGUCCUUCCAUUCGAAGUUAAUCAGCAAAGAAUUCAUAUCGGUUUCCGCGAUGGUAAACCCUUUGUUCGAGCCGAGAGUAGGACCACGAUUUAUGAAUUCCUUCCAUAUGAAAUAUUUGGAACUAAGAGGAACUUUGACCUCCCUGGUUCCCUAGUUGAAAAUUGCAUCCACUGGCUUGAUUUAAAGUCCGGCACCAUCAAAAUUAGGAGGAAACCUAACAUUUGGCACGAUAAGGAUAGCAACUGGGAAGUCGAUUUCCACAAUCGGAAAGCAUGGCGUCGCACAGUCGCUUUGGUUGAUCCCCAUAGCCAGUUAUUUCGUCUCGUUGCCAACGUUUUCGACGGAUUUGAACAUCCUGGAUAUAUCACAAUAUACCAGCCAGCUUCCAAAAACCUAUCCGUGGAGUUACGUCGCCUGGAGCUAGACUUCAUCGUCACUAAAAGUGGCCUACUUAGGUGCAAGCAGUUGAACACGUUAAUCGAUAUGAAUCAAGAUGCAGGCACAUGGUAUGGGUUGAAAAGUAAGCUGGUGCUCCGCGACGUGGUUGAUAUCGAGCAGCGUAGCAUUCUUGUUCCUAUGGGUCCUCUGCACUGUAGCAGAAAUGGGAUCCACGUUAGUGUUUUUGCAGAAAACUUAGGAGCUUAUGGCCGAUUCUUCAUCAAUACAUCUCUUGGAAGACUAGAUUGUCCAGCUGAACCAUGGACUUUAUACGCCAAAGCUCAGUUUCAUGCAUAUACCUCUUUCGUUCUACCGGACGAGCUCACAGGCCGUACUGGGACGGAAGAAGCAGUACACUGUCUAAAGUCAGGAUACAGCCAGCCUUGGACUACAUUGAACCCUGGUCCCCUUGGGACCCUUCAAACAAUUGCACUUCUCGCCCCAACUAGGGUGUAUUACCCGCCUGGCUCCAAAACCGUUCAACACACUACCUGGAACGAGAAUCUAACGCCAUGGAUUCAACAUGAAGUUUUCUCACCUCUGGUUGAACGAAUCUGUGAAACAGAGAGGACGUUAAGGCAAUUUAGUAGCAAACUAAUUGACCAGCCUGCAAUUCAAUCAGUCAGCAAUGAUUUUUUGAUGAACCGGGCUUAUAGGAGGAGAAAUACUUACCAACGACCCAAUGCGGGCUUUGACGAUCUACCAGUUUUGAAAGAUGCAAUUUACCAACCACGAGAUCGAUUCCAGGGGGGUCUGAGUCGCUCCAACGUAUUUGAAAUAAGCAGCUUAGUGAAAAAUUGGUCAACAAACACAGGACCCCCUAUUGACUUGAUUAAAAAGAUGGAAUCAUGGCCUACGAUUGGAGGAUAUUGUACCAUUUUCGACAAGGUUCUCUUAAGUGAUAUGCUUGACGUACAAUUCGACGUGUCCUGGGGCUCCAUUGUGAAUUUCUGCCGCAAUUCGGAGCAGACAAAUAAAUAUCACCUUAUGACAAUGAUGGCCCUUAUGUCCUUUUCCAACUCCGCCGACAUGGAAAUCAUACGCACUUUGCUACUUUUUGCCACUAUUCCAAGUCUAAAAUCCCUCAUACCACCUAAUUGGGUUCAUUAUAAGGAUUUCCGUUAUAAUCAGCAGCCUACUGUGGUGUAUCUGCGAAGAUUGAUCAGCCAUUGUUGCGUUCCAUACACUGGGAACGACUGGGGCAAUGUAAGGCUGAGCUUGAAGUCAAGAAAGAAGUUUGAAGCUGAUGAGAGAGAACAUAAGAAACGAGUUGAGGCAGAUGCAGUCGCAUUUUCAGAGUUUAUCUUUGCUCAGUGGCCCUGCCCUGAGCCAAGCACUCAAGGGAUGCCUAAUAUUUCGUUGUUAAAUGUCCAGUUAGCCCUGAAGGUCAUUCUUCCGGACUGGUCCCGGAUAUUCCAGAAUUCAGAACUUUCUAACUACCUUGCCAAAGUACGAGCGACUUUACUUUCCGGUAGCUUCGGAAAGUAUGAGCAGUUCAGCUGUUGCAUAAAAUCCACAAGUACGGAAAUCUUCCACACUGGAACUCGAGGAGAGGAUAUUCCCACACUUGCCGGAAAUCUUUUACGCAAGUCCAGCAGGCCAUAUACCCUUGAGCCCCGUCCUACGAAAAACACAGCUAAUGCCUGUUUGGUCUCUCGCAAUGGGGAUGUUAGACGUGGAUUUACGGGUUCUGGUAAUAGAAUAAAUCUUCAUAACAGAUUUCCAUCGCAAAGCUCAAGUUUCUCACAGAUAUCCGAAUUGGAAGACAUUAUUGGGAGAAUUAAAGAUUCCCCUUCAUUGGUCAGACAGCAAUAUGCAGAUGAUCUAAUGGCCAGCCUCAAGGCGUUGAAAAGCGCCAAAUGCGUCUCCGACCCAAUUAGUAAAACAUUUGAUGAAUCCACUCUCUAUACAAACAUCGGAUCAGCCACGCAAAAGGUUGAAUGCCAUGCUGAACACGUCAGGUCAGCCCUCAACAAGGACGAUUUGCGGUUCCGCUGGCUACAUCCCGCAGGCCUAUGGCCUUGCAUGACAAUGGUUACUCUACUUGAGCAACUUCGGUCCACCUUCCAAGGGGAAUUUGGGACUGGGAUGAAGGAAAGCCUUAUCGCACUAGCUGUUGAAAUGGUUCACAAACAACGCUUUCUUAGGAUUAAGGAUGCAUUCUUGCGAGGAAAGGAUAGGAUACUUGAAGAUGAGCAAAAUUGUAUACCCCAUUGCAACUGGGACCCUGCGGUUCAUCCGGACUGGCUACUAUUACAAAUUGAUGCAGAUAUUUGUAUUCGGCCGAAUCAAAUUGAAGUUGCACAUGCAACAAUAGCGCCAUCUUCAAAAGCUAAUUCUGUUUUGCAGAUGAACAUGGGCCAAGGAAAAACCUCUUGCAUUAUACCGAUGGUAGCUGCCGUUUUAUCAGAUACCACAAAGCUUCUACGAGUUAUUGUACCUAAGGCAUUGCUGCUUCAAACCUCACAGGUACUCCAGGGAAAGCUGGGGGGGCUGGUAGGGCGAGAAAUACGGCAUGUUCCAUUUUCUCGCAGGACACCCACGAGUAUAGAUAUGAUCCAAAGCUAUCUCAACAUUCACAAAGCUGUUAUGUCAUCUGCCGGUGUUAUGGUGGCUCUUCCAGAGCAUAUGAUGUCUUUUCAGCUCAGUGGCCUCCAGAGGCUGGUCGACAACAAGUUACCCGAAGCGAGAAAAAUGAUCAAAAUUAAUGAUUGGAUGCAAGCAGUUUGCCGUGAUGUAUUAGACGAAUGCGAUUUUACACUCGCUCCUCGGACACAACUCAUAUACCCCAGCGGCACACAGAGCACAGUCGAUGGCCAUCCUCAUAGAUGGCAAACUGCAGAGAAACUCUUGGAACUUGUCUCGGGUCAUAUUUGGGGGCUUUGGCAAAAGUACCCUGGAAGUAUUGAGGUGAUUCAGCGUCCUAAGGGCGGUUUCCCAAUCGUUUACUUCCUACGCAAAGAUGUAGAGGAAACUCUGAUGUCCCUUGUUGUUAGGGACAUAAUCGAUGGUCGAACUUCCAUUAUUCCUGUUCGGGGCUGUCGUCGUUCUGAACUUGUCGAUAUCAAAACCUUCAUUUCAGAAGCGUCGAUAUCGCCUAAAGUUGUGAAACGAGUAUCGUCUUUAUUCCCUGAUAACUCGGCUGCAAGGCAGAAUAUGUAUCUGCUGCGUGGGCUUCUAGUUCAUCGUAUCUUAUUACUAACCCUGAAGAAGCGCUGGAAUGUUCAAUAUGGCCUCCACCCUCUGCGAGACCCUAUUGCAGUCCCGUUCAUUGCAAAGGGUGUUCCAUCCGAACAAGCUGAAUGGGGGCACCCUGACGUUGCUAUACUCUUUACUUGUUUAGCAUUCUAUCUCGGCGGUUUGGAAAUUUCACAGGUACGGCAAUGUCUUGAUGAUCUCCUAAAAUCUAGCGACCCGUCAACUAUAUACGAACAGUGGAUUACAAACUCAGAGACGCUCCCUGAAAUCCUUCGAGAUUGGAACUUGAUAAACACCGAGGAUGAAUCGCAGGUCUGCCAACUUUGGGACCAUCUCCGCUACCAGAUGCCUCUCAUCAACUAUUUUUUAAACCAGUUUGUGUUUCCAAAACAUGCGAAGCAAUUUAAGGUGAAACUACAGGCUUCAGGAUGGGACAUUCCAUUGUCAUCAGCCCAGGCCAACCCUGGAACAAUGACAACCGGGUUUAGUGGAACAAAUGACAACCGUACAAUCCUUCCGUUAACAAUCAAACAACAGGACCUUGGCUCUCUAGUGCACACAAAUGCGGAAGUGUUGACUUUUGUCCUUAGGGCCCGUAACUAUGUGGUUGCUAAAGACAUUGAAGGGAGACGUUUAACGGAAACGGGACUUCUCACUCUUCUAAGAGAUAUGGGUCUACGCAUAUUGAUUGAUGCAGGCGCCCAAAUUCUAGAGAUGGAUAAUCUGAGCCUAGUAAAGGAGUGGCUACGAGUGGACUGGACUGCACCGGCAGCGAUGUAUUUCGACUCUGAGAACAAGCCGUAUAUCAUAUACCGCAACGGAUAUCGGGUUCCUCUUCUAGCUUCCCCUUAUGCUGACAACCUGGAGGGCUGCCUUGUGUAUCUCGAUGAGGCCCAUACCCGAGGCACAGAUUUAAAGAUCCCAGCGGAUGCAGUUGGUGCCCUUACACUUGGCCUAGGGCAAACCAAAGAUCACACUGUACAAGCUGCCAUGAGGUUAAGGCAACUCGGGACUACACAGUCGAUUACCUUUUUUGCUCCCCCUGAGGUUCAUCAUAGCAUACUCGAUUCUCGAAAAAUACAUCCUUCUAUUCCUGUAUCAGCUGCUGAUGUUGUCUACUGGCUUUUAGUCCAAACCUGCAUUGGAAUCGAGCAAAUCCAGCCCCUAUACUUCUCACAAGGGAUGGACUUUUGUCGUCGGAGACAAGCAGCGGUGGAAACCCCCAAGUACUUAACUGAUCAGAUCCAACGGCAGCAAUAUUGUAAGGCUCUCCAACAAGAGGAAAUGCAAACCUUACAAGAGCUUUUCAGGCCAAUCGCAAAAUUGAAGUCUAAGGCUACCGUGAACGCCUAUGCCCCUCACAUUGCAACACAUGUGAAGGCGCUGGAGCAUCGAAAGAAAGGCUUCCAGGAUUUUGGGGAUGCCGUUCACAGCUCUACUCUCCAGGAAGUUGAACAAGAAAGGGAGGUUGCAUAUGAAGUUGAAGCCAUCCGAGAAGUUCAAAAAGCUCCACGCUUCAAAGCUUUAGCUUUCCCUGGCCUUCACGAGGACAUAAAAUUAUUCUGUCGCGCGGGAACGCUGACAUCAUAUUCAUCAGCAUACCAGCAAGCGUUCAUUGCUUUGAAAAAUACCGGAAUGGGACAGAAGCACAGUAUCAAUUCAUGUGCUACUUCGUCAAAGCUAUUUCUUUCCAGAGAAUUCUCGAAAACUAUACGGCUACCUGUUGGCGAGUACAACGAUAACUACAUGCGCCAAGUGAAUUGGAUAUUAUGGAAUCCUUCUAUACAGGCCGCGCUUGUCAUUAUUCCCGAGGAAGCAGAGAUGCUAAUCCCAUAUCACCAGGGAGAAAAACGUCCGCAGACUCACCUGUUAACGUACGCUGCUCCUGUAACUCGUGGAAUGCGACACUUCAGUAACUUGGACUUUUACUCUAUUCCGCCCCUGCCUACAAAUUGGAAAGCACCUUCCUGGCUUACCAUUGAGCUCGGGAUUUUAGCCGGUCGGGUAUACUUUGAUUAUUCUGAAUACGGGCCCAUCUGCCAAUAUCUUGGAUGUACAGGCUCGAUGACGGAAGUUGCCGCGGACGUGGUGGAAAGUGAAAAGACAUCGAAGGAACCAGAAGAGAAUAUGGACACUGAGAGCGUCAUCCAAACCAGCAAUCUUAGUUUCACCCCCAAACCUCUCUCUUUCCUUCAGGAGUGGCUAGCUCUGAGGCGAAAAGGCCAGGAAUUCAGCAACACACCAAUGGGCUAUAUUUGCCAAGGCAAAAUGUUAAACGAAAAAAGCCCAUUCUUUUCCUCUGGCCCGGGUAUACGAGCGAACAUACCAAAGCUCAAAGCUGCUGAUAGCAGUUCAGAGAAUGGCGAUCUCGAAAGCCCUGAGGCGAGUGACUGCGAACCAGAAGAUACUGGAGAUCAAAAGCGAGGACAGGUCGGUAAGGGAAAAAGCUUUGCGGAUAACAGUAGUGAAAGCGAGGAGAGUGAUGUCUUCGAAGACGCCGGGAGCAACAGCGAACACCACGAUGUCAGCGAGUGA